AUGUCUUCAAAUUUUUGUGUUACCUCUCCUCCACGAUUUAGUGGUGAAAACUACCAAUUUUGGGGUGUUAAAAUGCAAUCCUAUCUCAAAGCACUUGGCCUUUGGGAACUAGUUUCAACAGAUGUCGAUCUUGAGCCAUUGGGAGAAAAUCUGACAUUGAAUCGUAUCGGAUUACAUGAAGAGAAGAAGUUAAAGCCUAAAGGUUUAUCUAUAAUUCAUGCUUCUUUAUCUAAUCCUAUAUUUGCUAAAAUUAUUGAUUGUAAAACGGCAAAAGAAGCUUUGGAUAAAUUACAGGAGGAAUUUGAAGGAAGUGGAGAGUUUGAGAUGCUCAAGAUGAAAGAUUCAGAUUCUGUGAUGGACUACACAACUAAAGUGAUGACCAUUGUGAAUCAAAUUAGACUAGGUGGUGAAAAUUUUCAAGAUCAAAGAGUUGUAGAGAAAAUAAUGGUCAGUGUUCCUAGCAAAUUUGAAUCAAAGAUCUCAGAUAUAGAGGAGUCUUCUAAUUUGACUACUCUUUCUAUAGCUGAGUUAAUUAGCAAGUUAUGA